CUCAAAGACUUGACCAAAAACAAUAAAAAAGAGAAACCCAGCCCAAAGAGCAAAAAAAUUAAACCUAAUUCGUGAAUGAAAUCUCAGGCACUCUCCUCAGUCCUGUCUCCUUUGCCGUUGCCGUCGUCGUCGCCAUACCGUGUUCCCGAGAAUAUUCAUCCAGAGACAUACUAGGACUAAGCUCUCAUAAUCUCAUUCCAGUUUUUGUGUGAUGGCUCUGAGAGGAGUAUGGCAACUUCAGAAACUCAUUGUUAGCUAUUGCAAUUGGGGUGGAAGCAGUAGAGGUAUAAGGGCUUUUAUGGAGUCAGAAUUGCCUGUGUUUAAGGAGAAGAAUCCUCAAUUAGAGGUUGUUACUGAACUCAUUCGUGGUCAGCAUCCACAUUUGAAGGCCUUUUACAAGAACAAAAACGAGCGAGUUAUAUGCGUGAAGAACAUGGAUCCAGAAGAUGUACUUCACCACGCAACGAGGCUAAGGAAUGCGUUGGGAAGAAAGGUGAUCAAACUGAGGACAAGGCAUGUAACCAAGCGCCCUAGUGUGCAAGGUACAUGGACAACUGCUCUUCGAUUUUAAGAAUAAUAACAAGUCCAGAGUGUAGUGUUCCAAACUUAUUCUUUUCUUUCCGAUGAAUUUACCAAUGUUGUGUAAACCAUAUCUAAGUAUAAGUCCUCAUGCUGUUUGUGGCACAAUUUUUAUUUUCUUCUUCUUCCUUGUUUGCUGCCUCGUGAAGAAGCUAAUGAGCAAAGUCAUGUUCAUAGUUGUUAAUAGUGGCAAUGGAUCGUGUUAUAGAUACAGAUCCUGUUCGAGUUGUUAUCUUUUUUUCUUAUUUAUCUAAAAAUAAGAUAGGAUUAAUGA